UUAUUUUAAGCUCAACUACUCCUGCGCAUAGCCUUCUUGAUUUUUCAAUAAAAUUUUCUUCCUAUCAACAGAAAAAAGAAAAAAAAGGUAUGUAACGGUAACGAAUAUCUAUUUUGUUUCUAAUUUCGGUCAAUAACCGUUAUAUUCGUGUAUUACUACCUCAGAAGAAAAAUGAAUAAUUCGAGUUCAGAGACAAAAAAUAGUGGGAAGAGAGUGUAGAAGAGAUAAGAUAAUAUAAUCAAAACACUCUCAUCAUUCAAUUCUCUACCAUUAAAAAUAAAACCCUUUAAAAAACACAACACCUCCCCCAGCAAUGUCAGUCUUCACAUCUGUGAUCCCUAAUUGUUGUAUCUAUCAUCAACAAUCUCCAUUCAAAUUUAGGGUUUCUUCAAUACUUCAAUUUCAAGAACAACAACCUAAAAUACAACUCACAUCCUCUAGAUCAAUCCAUUUCAAAUCUCAACUCAAUCAGAAGUAUCUUGUUAGGAAUGCCUUAUUGUAUUCAGGGGGGCAUUUUAGAGAAAUCCGAUUUUCACCAGUUUUGUGUUCUAAGAAGACUCAACAAGAAGAAGAUCUCUUUGCUUCAGAGACAUGCAAGAAAACAUUUCAGAUUCUGCAGAUUCUCUAUAGUCUGUUUGAAUAUAAUGUCAUGGUGAAAUGGAUCUGCAGAAGAAACAAAAAUGACCACUUCUCUAUCAUCUGAUCGCGUCGAUACUGCUAACAAUGAAUCUUACAUUUCCCUUCCUGGUGGCGUUGAAUAUGAGAACAUUGAGGAGACCAAGCAUGGGCGAGCGGCUUCUAUCAGAACUGUAGCUUUCUGGGUAUGCACUGCAAUUGUAUUUGGAGUUGGUUUGGGUUUUAAAGAAGGAGCUGGGAAGGCAUCUGAGUUUUUUGCAGGGUAUCUGUUGGAGCAAAGUUUGUCGGUGGACAACCUAUUCGUUUUUGUAUUGAUUUUCAAAUACUUUAAAGUACCAACUGAGUAUCAGAGUCGGGUGCUUUCAUAUGGUAUUGCUGGUGCAGUUAUAUUUCGCUUGUCACUGAUUCUUCUUGGAACAGCCACCCUCCAGAAGUUCGAGGCUGUGAACUUACUUCUUGCUGGGAUACUUCUAUUUUCAGCAUACAAGCUAUUUGCUGGAGGAGAGGAUGACUCGGAUCUGUCUGACAAUUUUAUUGUAAAGACGUGCCAAAAAGUUAUCCCAGUCACAUCUAGUUAUGAUGGAAAUAAAUUCUUCACGUUUCAGAAUGAUGCAUGGAAAGCUACGCCGUUACUCCUCGUAGUUGCUGUUAUUGAACUCAGCGAUAUUGCAUUUGCUGUUGACUCGAUACCAGCAGUUUUUGGAGUUACAAGAGAUCCUGUGAUAGUUUUCUCUUCUAAUUUAUUUGCCAUCUUGGGUUUGAGGUCACUAUACACACUUGUCUCUGAAAGUAUGUCUGAGCUGGAGUAUUUACAGCCUGCCAUUGCAACUGUUCUUGGCUUUAUUGGGUGUAAGAUGAUUUCAGAUUUCUUCGGAUUUCAUGUUUCAACUGAGGUUUCUCUUGGUUUCGUGGCUACUUGCCUAAGUGCCGGGGUAGCGUUGAGUCUUAUGAAAAGAUCUGAUUGAGGUUAUAAAAGAAACAAUACAGCAGGCAGAUACUUAAUUCGAUUUUGAUGGAAAACAAAGUGACCUUAGGGAAGUAGCAUACAGUAGCCACCUAUCCAUCCUGAAAAGCAAAGCAACUUUUUGUGAGUGGCAGUUAUGUCGCGAAGAUACCAGGACUUUCUCAGCCGCAGAGUUCCAGUUAGCUGACUUGUAAAAACAUUCUGAUGGUCAAACCCAACUGCUCGUUGUGCAGAUGACCACUUAGGAUAUUAUAUUUUUUUGAGUCACUGAAAACAACACAUGUACUCUAUUUUGCUCAUAUAUAGGCAGUGUUAGUAUGCACAUAUUAGAUGCACUAGCAUCUCAUUCUUUAGUAGUGAAACCAAAUGUAAUCCGCACAGGGGUUCGUCGCUGAAGCUGUAGAGAAAUGAUGAUGAAACCUAAACCCAAAUGUCUAUUAUUCACGCCUCUUCCGAAUUAAAUGUAAAUGAGGUUGUGCACUUUGC